UCCAGUCCUCGAUAGUUACAACGCGUCGUCAAUCAUGGCUACCGUAAAGCAAUUUUGAAACGUGCACGAAACGAUUUUACUAAAGCAGAGAAUCAAGUGUGGUAUCCGUUUACUUAGAAAGUAUUUCGUUUAGCGACUCACCAUGGCUGAUGCUACAGCGAGGUCACUGCAAUACGAGUAUAAAGCGAACUCCAACCUUGUAUUGCAAGCGGAUCGCUCACUUAUUGAGCGACGUGGUAGGGAUGAAGCGACAGGUGAGGUUAUGAGCUUGGUUGGCAAACUUUCUGGCACCAAGAUGGGUGAUCGUUAUCAGCGAAAUAAACCAGAAGUAUCAGAAGAAAGGAAGUCCAAGAGAAGAAAAGUCCAAGAAAAGGAAGAAUUUAGUAAAAGCAAAGGAUCCACAUUGUUGUCUGAAGAUGCUGAUGAUCUUGCUGGAAUAUUUUACCAUCCUAAAACUCGAGAGACGAAAUCCACAUAUGAAGUUCUCCUCAGCUUUAUUCAAGCUGCCAUAGGUGAUCAACCUCGUGACAUAUUAGCUGGAGCUGCCGACGAAGUUUUGCACACACUAAAGAAUGAUAAAAUUAGAGACAAAGAAAGACAUAAAGAUAUUCUUGGUUUGCUUGGAAACAUGGCUGACGAGCGAUAUGCAUUGCUGGUCAAUCUUGGCAAGAAGAUUACAGAUUAUCAUAUAGAUCAUGAUAAAAUGGAGGAAGACGAGGUGAUGGAUGAGACAUAUGGUGUUGCUGUACAGUUUGAUGAAGAUGAAGAAGAGGAGAAAGAUUUUGAUGUGAUUCAAGAUGAUGACAUGUCUGGAGACGAAGGAGGUGUUGAAGCUGAAACCAACAUGACGUUACAUGGUUGGCAAAGAUCUGGCAACGAUUCAGCUUCACAAGAUGUUCUACAUCCACGAAGCAUUGACGCCUUCUGGCUUCAACGAGAGCUUGGAAAGUACUACAACGAAGCAGAGGCGUCCAGAAAGAAAUCAGAGGAGGUUUUGGAAAUAUUAAAAAAUGCCAGCGAUGAAAUUGAACUCGAGAACAAACUGAUGUUGUUGUUGGGUCACGACAAGUUUGCGUUGAUCAAACUUCUACGUAAGAAUCGUAUGACUGUAUUGUAUUGUACAUUGCUCGCCAGUGCACAGAGCGCAAAGGAAAAGAAAGAUAUUGAAGUGAAGAUGGAGAAUGAUCCAGAAUUGGCACAGAUUCUCCAUGCUUUGACUGAGAGUGUUGAAGAGGAUUUAAUUCAGGAAGAAAGAAGUCGCAAAAAGGCUGCGAGAAACGCUCGUGUUGCUGCAAAUCUUGCUGAAAUCGAAUCCGCCCGUAUUGGUGUGAGAAACGUUCUGGACCUGGAUGAAUUGGCUUUCAAAGAUGGCAGUCAUGUCAUGGCAAACAAGAAAUGUCAGUUACCCGAUGGCUCGUUUAGAAAACAGAGAAAAGGCUACGAAGAAGUGCACGUGCCAGCUUUAAAACCAAAGUCUUUUAACGAAGGAGAGGCUCUCGUUCCUAUUACCACUCUGCCUCAUUAUGCGCAACCGGCAUUCGAAGGAUACAAAACGUUAAACCGUAUUCAAAGUCGUCUACACAACACUGCGCUUCAACAAGACGAGAAUCUUUUGCUGUGUGCGCCGACAGGAGCAGGAAAAACCAACGUUGCUUUACUUUGUAUACUUCGGGAGAUCAGCAAGCACAUUAAUCUGGAUGGAACAAUCAAUGCCGAUGAAUUUAAAGUCAUUUAUAUUGCGCCAAUGAAAUCCCUUGUGCAGGAAAUGGUUGCCAAUUUCAGCAAAAGAUUGAGUACAUAUGGUAUUAAGGUAGCUGAGCUGACGGGAGAUCAUCAGCUGAACAGAGAGCAAAUCAACGCGACACAGAUUAUCGUUUGUACGCCUGAAAAAUGGGACAUUAUAACGAGAAAGGCCGGUGAUCGAACGUACACACAACUCGUAAGGCUGCUUAUUAUCGACGAAAUUCAUUUACUUCAUGACGAACGAGGUCCGGUUCUUGAAUCUUUGGUGGCAAGAACUAUCCGUCAAAUAGAAGCAACGCAAGAGUUGGUGCGUCUGGUUGGACUGAGUGCUACUCUUCCUAACUACGAAGAUGUGGCGACAUUCAUGCGGGUAAAUCCGAACAAGGGUUUAUAUUAUUUUGAUAACAGUUUUCGUCCUGUGCCGUUGGAACAACAAUAUAUUGGUGUGACUGAAAAGAAACCGAUGAAAAGAUUGCAGAUGAUGAACGAUAUUGUGUACGAUAAAGUUAUGGAGAACGCUGGAAGAAAUCAAAUACUAAUAUUCGUGCACUCAAGAAAGGAAACUGGUAAAACAGCUCGUGCUGUUCGUGAUAUGUGCUUAGACAAAGAUACACUUGGUUUGUUUUUGAGAGAAGAUUCAGCUAGCACGGAAGUGUUGAGGACGGAAGCUGAUCAAGUGAAGAAUGGCGAAUUGAAAGACCUUCUUCCUUAUGGCUUUGCUAUUCAUCAUGCAGGAAUGACUAGAGUGGACAGAACUUUGGUCGAAGAUUUGUUUGCAGAUAAACACAUUCAAGUCCUUGUUUCAACUGCUACACUCGCUUGGGGCGUCAAUCUUCCUGCUCAUACUGUUAUAAUUAAAGGAACUCAGAUUUACAAUCCAGAGAAAGGUCGUUGGGUCGAGCUGGGUGCUUUAGAUGUCCUUCAAAUGUUAGGGCGUGCAGGUCGACCUCAAUAUGACUCGAAAGGCGAAGGAAUAUUGAUCACCAGCCAUUCUGAACUUCAAUAUUAUCUGUCUUUAAUGAAUCAGCAAUUACCAGUGGAAAGUCAUUUCAUUGAUAAGUUGGCUGAUAGUCUUAAUGCAGAAAUUGUUCUUGGCACUGUUCAAAAUGCCAAAGAAGCAGUAAAUUGGCUUGGUUAUACGUACCUAUAUAUCAGAAUGCUUCGUAAUCCGACGCUUUACGGAAUUUCUUACGAUGAUCUUGAAAAGGACAAUUUACUAGAACAGAGACGUGCUGAUCUCAUCCACUCCGCAGCAAGUGUGUUGGAUAAAAAUAAUUUGGUGAGAUAUGACAGGAAGACUGGUAACUUUCAGAUAACUGAACUGGGAAGAAUCGCCAGUCAUUAUUAUUGUACACAACACACGAUAUCCGUGUUUAACAGCUUAUUGAAGCCAACAUUGAGCGAGAUUGAAUUAUUCAGAGUUUUUUCUCUUUCGUCAGAGUUCAAGUAUAUCACCGUCAGAGAGGAAGAGAAACUUGAGUUGAAUAAACUCUUAGAAAGGGUCCCAAUCCCUGUCAAGGAAAGCAUUGAAGAACCAAGUGCCAAAGUUAAUGUUCUGUUGCAAGCUUACAUAUCACAAUUAAAGCUGGAGGGAUUUGCUCUUACUUCCGAUAUGGUUUACGUAACCCAGUCCGCUGGUCGACUUGUGUCUGCGAUCUUCGAGAUUGUCGUUAACAGAGGCUGGGCGCAACUGGCUGACAAGACUUUGAAUUUGUGCAAAAUGAUCAAUAAACGAAUGUGGCUGUCCAUGACACCGUUGCGUCAGUUCACCAAAAUUCCAAUGGAAGUAAUAAGGAAGAUUGAGAAAAAGGAUUUCCCUUGGGAGAGAUUCUAUGAUCUCGGAACUAAGGAAAUCGGAGAACUGAUUCACAUGCCAAAGAUGGGGAAAACUUUACACAAGUUUAUACAUCAACUUCCAAAGCUUGAACUGGCUACUCACAUUCAGCCAAUCACGAGGUCAACGUUGAGUGUGGAACUAACUAUAACACCUGACUUUCAAUGGGACGAGAAGAUUCAUGGAACCUCUGAAGCAUUUUGGAUUUUGGUUGAAGAUGUUGACAGUGAAAUCAUAAUGCAUCAUGAGUAUUUUCUUCUCAAGAGCAAGUAUGCUAAUGAUGAACACGUGAUUAAAUUAUUCGUCCCAGUCUUCGAGCCAUUACCUCCUCAGUACUUUAUUCGCGUUGUUUCAAACCGUUGGCUAGGCUCGGAAACACAGCUUCCUGUAUCGUUUCGUCAUCUCAUAUUACCGGAGAAAAAUCCUCCAUUGACUGAGUUACUUGAUCUACAACCGUUACCCGUGUCUGCGCUUAGAAAUGUUGAUUUUGAAUCGCUCUACAAAGAUCGCUUCCCUUACUUCAACCCCAUUCAAACGCAAGUAUUCAACACGUUGUAUAAUUCCUUGGAGAACGUUUUCAUUGGAGCUCCAAGCGGAAGUGGAAAGACAGUUUGUGCUGAAUUCGCAGUUCUUCACAUGUUUUCCCUCAACUCGAACAGUCGUUGUGUAUACGUCACUCCUCUCCAGUCUCUUGCCGAUCAAGUGUUCGCUGACUGGCAGAGUAAGUUCGGUGUUCAGUUGCAGAAGAAUGUAGUUUUGUUGACCGGUGAAACAAGCGCAGAUCUAAAGUUAUUGGCCAAGGGAAAUGUCAUCAUUAGCACACCGGAGAAAUGGGACGUUCUUUCUCGUCGUUGGAAACAGAGAAAAAAUGUGCAAAAUGUGAAUUUGUUUAUUUUGGAUGAAGCUCAUCUGAUAUCAGGCGAUAAUGGGCCUGUAAUGGAGGUGAUAUGUUCACGCAUGCGCUACAUCUCUUCACAAAUUGAAAAGAACAUCCGUAUUAUUGCUCUCAGUUCUUCACUUGCCAACUCCAAGGAUGUUGCGCAAUGGCUUGGAGCUCAAGCUACUGGUUUAUUUAAUUUCCAUCCAAAUGUUCGUCCUGUUCCAUUGGAGUUACAUAUUCAAGGUUUCACUAUCACUCAUACGGGUUCUCGACUUAUUGCAAUGGCGAAGCCGAUAUAUCAAGCUAUCAUGCGUCAUUCACCUAAAAAACCUGUUAUUGUUUUUGUGCCUUCGAGACGAAAUACGAAACUCACUGCACUUGAUUUGCUUACGUUCUCAGGAGCAGAUAACGACGCACAAAGGUUUUUGCAUUGCACAGAAGAUGACCUAAAACCAUUCACCGCUCGAUUAAAUGAUAAGACCUUAAAGGAAACAUUGACUUAUGGUGUGGCGUUCCUCCACGAAGGGCUUUCUGAAACUGAAGUGAAAAUUGUUGAACAACUUUUUGUGUCUGGUGCAGUGCAGGUUGUUGUGGUUUCACGAAAUCUCUGCUGGGCCAUCAACGUAAACGCUCACUUAGUGGUCAUUAUGGAUACUCAGUAUUACGAAGGAAAAAUACACGCUUAUGUCGAUUAUCCUGUGACUGAUAUUCUUCAAAUGGUGGGCAAGGCGAACCGUCCAUUGCUUGAUGAUGCCGGGAAAGCUGUGAUUCUUUGUCAACAGUCGAAAAAAGAAUUCUUCAAGAAAUUUCUUUAUGAACCAUUACCCAUUGAGUCGCAUUUGGACCAUUGUCUUCAUGAUCAUUUUAAUGCCGAGGUGGUGACGAAAACGGUUGAAAACAAACAAGAUGCAGUCGAUUAUCUCACGUGGACGUUUCUAUAUCGCAGGAUGACACAGAAUCCCAAUUACUAUAACUUGCAAGGUGUAACUCAUCGCCAUCUGUCUGAUCACAUGUCGGAGCUGGUUGAAAAUACUUUAAAUGAUUUGGAACAGUCCAAGUGUAUAUCUAUUGAAGAUGAUGUUGAUGUUUCCCCGCUGAAUUUGGGAAUGAUCUCUGCAUAUUACUAUAUCAAUUAUACGACGAUUGAACUGUUCAGUGUUUCUCUUAACAACAAGACGAAACUAAAAGGACUAAUUGAGAUCAUUGCUUCAGCGUAUGAAUACGAAAACCUUCCCAUUAGGCAUCACGAGGACACCACUUUAAAACAGUUAUCAACACGUGUCCCGCACAAGCUGACAAGUCAAAAGUUCAAUGAUCCGCACACCAAAGCUAAUUUAUUACUGCAGGCUCACUUAUCGCGUUUACAGCUCUCGGCUGAACUUCAGUCAGAUACUGAAAACAUUCUUGGAAAGGCAAUGCGUUUGAUUCAAGCUUGUGUUGAUGUGGUCAGCAGUAACGGUUGGCUGUCUCCUGCUUUGGCAGCCAUGGAACUUGCUCAGAUGGUGACGCAGGCAAUGUGGAGCAAAGAUUCAUAUCUAAAACAAAUUCCUCAUUUCAGUAACGAAUUGAUAAAGCGGUUUACCGAAAAGGAAGUGGAGAGCGUUUUUGAUGUCAUGGAACUUGAAGACGAAGAAAGAAAAGAAAUGUUGAAAAUGGAGGAUAGUCAAUUGGCGGAUGUUGCACGAUUUUGUAACAGAUAUCCAAACAUCGAACUAGCUUAUGAUAUUGAAGAUAAAGAUAAUAUCAAAGCCGGUUGGCCUGUCGUCGUCCAUGUUGAUUUGGAGAGAGAAGAUGAUCAAAGCGGUGCUGUCAUCGCACCAUUUUUCCCUGGUAAACGAGAAGAAGGAUGGUGGCUCGUGAUUGGAGACUCUAAGGCAAACAGUCUGAUCUCCAUCAAGCGGCUGACGUUGCAGCAAAAAGCUCGGGUAAAACUUGACUUCGUCGCCCCACAACAAAUAGGAAACCACUCAUACGUCUUGUACUUCAUGUGUGAUGCGUAUCUGGGUUGUGAUCAAGAGUACACCUUCAAGAUUGAUGUUAAACACCCACCAAGUGACGAAGAAAGCGAAGAAAGCUCAUGAGAUGUGACUUGUGUGCAGCUUUUCUGUUGUUUCUUGUCGGUAAAUGAGUCAAUCUCGUGAGCUUUGAAAACGAUUUAAUAUUUUUAACUUUCCUAUUGUAAAAAAUAAAUGAUACAUUUAACCUUCAAUGUAUAUUAUUGACCCUCAAUGUAUACAUUUAACCUUCAAUGUAUAUUAUGUCGGUGAAGAAAACAACUUUAAUGCAAAAA